CAGACAGCUGACCAGUUCGGGCAACCGGUAAUAAUAGUCAGGGAGGCCGGACGCACGCCGCCGCCGUUCCCGUUCAUCUUCUUCAAGCCCAAGACGUGCGUGCAUGAUCACGGGGCCGACGUGGAGAUCCCCAAGAUCGCGCAGGACGACCAGGCCGACUACGAGGGCGAGCUGUGCCUGGUGAUCGGCCGGGACGCCAAGAACGUGCCCAAGGAGGCGGCUCUAGACUACGUCGCGGCCUACACGUGCGGCAACGACAUCUCGUCGAGGAAGCUGCAGCGCGACCCCAAGCUGGCCGGCUCCGUGCCGCAGUGGGGCUUCUCCAAGGGCUUCGACACCUUCGCGCCGCUCGGGCCCUGCCUGGUCCGUCCGGACCUCGUCGGCCCGCCCGAUAAGCUGCUCCUCCGGACCAUCGUCGACGGCGAGGUCCGGCAGCAGGAGACGACGGGCGACUUGCUGUUUGACGUGCCCACUCUGAUUUCGUACCUGUCGACCGGCACCACGUUGAAGAAGGGCUCCAUCAUCAUGACGGGGACGCCUGGUGGUGUUGGUUCUGGUAUGAAGCCACCAAGGUACUUGGUGCCGGGAACCGUCAUGGAGGUUUCCAUCGAAAAGAUUGGAACGCUGCGCAACGGCGUUACAUUCGCCUGA